AGCGCGGGCGCGGUGGCAGGGACCCCGCGGCCUGAGGUGAUCCCGGCGCUAUGCCCGGCCGGCCCGACGACUACGAGGUGCUGCUGACCAUCGGCGCCGGCUCCUAUGGCCGGUGCCGCAAGGUGCGCCGCAAGGCAGACGGCAAGAUCUUGGUGUGGAAGGAGCUUGACUAUGGCACGAUGUCGGAGGCAGAGAAGCAAAUGCUUGUUUCGGAAGUGAAUUUGCUCCGCGAGCUGAGGCACCCCAAUAUCGUCCGGUAUUACGAUCGGAUCAUCGACAAAAGCAGCACAACCCUGUACAUCGUGAUGGAGUACUGCGACGGCGGGGACCUGGCCAGCUUGAUUGCGAAGUGCACGAGAGAGAGGCAUUACUUGGAAGAAAGCUUUGUUCUCAGAGUACUGACUCAACUGACACUGGCCUUGAAGGAAUGUCACAGGCGGAGUGAUGGUGGAGUCACCGUGCAUCGUGACCUAAAACCAGCAAAUGUCUUUCUAGAUAGCAAGCAGAAUGUGAAACUUGGAGAUUUUGGACUGGCAAGAAUAUUGCACCAUGACACCAGCUUUGCCAAAACAUUUGUUGGAACUCCAUAUUACAUGUCUCCAGAACAAAUGAACUACAUGUCAUACAAUGAAAAAUCUGACAUCUGGUCUCUAGGAUGUCUCCUGUAUGAAUUAUGUGCUCUCUCGCCUCCAUUUAGAGCUUGCAGCCAAAAGGAGUUGGCAGAAAAGAUAAGGGAAGGGAAAUUCAGACGAAUACCAUAUCGUUACUCAGAGCAGCUGAAUGAACUUCUCAAAGAGAUGCUGAAUGUAAAGGAUUAUUGCAGACCUUCUGUUGAAGAUAUUCUGCAGCACCCCUUGAUAGCAGACUUGGUGAGAGAAGAACAAAGACAAAACCCGGAUAAAAGAGGCUGGAGAUCAUGGGAGCCAGAAAGGCUGCAGUACUCGGAUGCUGCAGUGAAUGAGCUGAAACGGAAGGAACAGCAACUACAGGAGCGGGAACAAGCCAUUAAGGAGAGAGAGCAACGUUUGGAGCAGAGAGAACGGGAACUCUGUGUUCGUGAGAGACUGGCAGAGGACAAACUUGCCAGAGCUGAAAACCUGAUGAAGAGCUACAAUCUCUACAAAGAGCAGAAGAUUUUAGCUUGUGCAGAUGGUCCAGAUAACGCACUGCUGCUGCCUUUCCCUACAACCAAGAAGAAAGUACAUUUUGGAAGCGAAGAGAAUGCUGGGACUCCUGUUAAUUUGGAAAACCAUCCCCUUUCUAAAGGGAAAUGCUCUGAUAUCAAAAAACGUCUGUAUGCUGCCAAUCUACGGGCUCAAGCACUGGCUGAACUGGAAAAGAACUAUCAACUGAAGAGCAGACAAAUCUUGGGCAUGCGCUGAAACUAUAACACAGGUGUAAAGUAUUUAACUUUUAAAAGUUGAUUAAAUGUGCUGGAAGCUACUCAUGCCUCUCUUUUAAGCUGGAACCUACUGAAAGUUUAUUUUAACAGCUGUUGUACAAGUUCUUGAUCUACAAUAGAUAGUUCAUGAACAAAGCAUAAGAGAUUAUGUUAUGAAAACAGGCAGUUUUCAUACCAAAUCAAGCAAACUGAAUGAAUUGUAUUAAGAAAAAACAUUUGGUCCUCCUGUUUACCAUCCAUUACUCUUCUGAAAUAUAAACAGUGUAAAUCAGAUGUUCUUAAAUCUGAUGUGAAGACCUUUUUAGAUAAAAAAUGUUCAGAGAUUCACAAUCGGUAGGUUAAAAUGAUGCUGUAUGUAACGGACAGUACUUGAUGAGAGAAGUAUAUUUUGUAUAUGUAGAAAAUCAGUGGCUUUUUGUCUGCGCUUGUAAUUGUUUUUGAACUGUCAAAAGAGCAAAAGGAGAUUUUGUGUUGUCUCUUUCUACUAAGGGGGUGACCUAUCAAAGCAGGCUACUUGUAGUUUAAUGUCUGAUUAAGGAGUGGCAUGGGUCAGCUUAGUGUAAUUGAGGAAUUUAUAUUCCUUUCUGCCUGGGUAACUGAAGGGCUUGUCCAUCAGCUCCUGAAAGGCCUGCUUCAGAGCACAGCAUUUGAAAUAGUACCUUCAUAGAAUAAACUAGGUUAGAAAAGACCUUUAAGAUUAUCAAGUCCAAAAGAUCAUCAAGACCUUUUUCAUUUUGCUUUGAAAUCAGUUAUAAACUAAUCCCCUGAGACUGCUGUCCUGGAUGGGACACCAGCCAGAGUGUUACAUCUCUAUUCUGAGGAGGGGCAAUUGUACUUUGAAUAGAAAAUCCUUACUUUGGUGAAGCUUAUGGAGGUAUCUCCAUGUUUCCCUGCACGAUUGUCUGCCAGAGUGGGAGCUGCUUGCUUAAGCUGGUGUAAGUUUAAUGAACUAAAUGACUUGUGAAUUUAAAACAAUCCUUUGGCACUGUAAUGCCUGGCAUCUAUUUUGUAUAAAGAUCUCUUAUCUCUGG